UUUCGAACACGUUUUAAGGGCUGCGGUCACGCUUCGCGUUUCCACGAUGGAAUAAAAAUCUUCUGAGCUCACGAACCAGUCAACCAUUGCGCGCUUCCUCUGCACUUUUGGGUUCUUCCUUUUCGAUCCGAAAAGCCUUCUGGAAAUCCGAGAUUUCAUCGACUUUACCGCCCGCAGGUCCAGUUUCUGGGUAGUUUAGAUACCCUUUUCUUCUAGCUUAUUUGGAUCAUGAUAAGAGGCAUAAUGGCAAAUUCUCACUUUGGGGAGGAUUUCUUGAAGGAUUUCAGAAUUCCUAAGUAUGUACUAGUGCCUGAAUCAAAGAGUGAACAUGUUGCUGAUGUACCGCAGUGUCCGGUUUUAGUGUUUAUCAACUCCAAAAGUGGUGGCCAGCUUGGUGGGAAUCUUCUUGUAACAUACCGUUCCCUUCUAAACGAAAAUCAGGUUUAUGAUUUGGGGCAAGAGGCUCCUGAUAAGGUGCUGAGCCAAAUCUAUGCGAAUCUUGAAAUGCUCAAGCGCAAUGGAGAUGAAGUCGCUACAAAGAUUCAAGAGAGUUUGAGAAUCAUUGUUGCAGGUGGUGAUGGAACUGCUGGUUGGCUUCUUGGAGUUGUUUCUGAUCUCAGAUUAUCUCAUUCGCCGCCAAUAGCCACUGUACCACUGGGAACUGGAAACAAUCUUCCUUUUGCAUUUGGAUGGGGGAAGAAGAAUCCUGGGACAGAUCCUCAAUCCGUGAAGCAUUUUUUGGACCAAGUAAAGAGAGCCAAGGAAAUGAAAAUAGACAGCUGGCACAUUCUCAUGAGGAUGAGGAUACCAAAAGAAGGUCCGUGUGAUCCCAUUGCGCCUCUUGACCUACCACAUUCUUUGCAUGCAUUUGGCCGUGUCUCUGAUUCAAAUGAGCUGAACGUGGAAGGGUGCCAUACCUUUCGUGGGGGAUUUUGGAACUACUUCAGUAUGGGAAUGGAUGCUCAAGUAUCAUAUGCGUUUCAUACUGAGCGAAAGCUGCAUCCCGAAAAGUUCAAAAAUCAGUUAACCAAUCAGGCUACUUAUGCAAAGAUUACCCAUUCACAAGGCUGGUUUUCUUCUUCUCCUUCUCAAUCUACUUCACGGAACAUAGCGGAGUUCGCAAAGGUGAAGAUCAUGAAAAACCAUGGCCAAUGGGAAGAUCUCCAAAUUCCUCCAAAUAUCAAGUCAAUUGUGAUCCUCAAUUUGCCUAGCUUUUCUGGUGGAUUUAAUCCUUGGGGAGUCCCGGCUAGGAGGCAUAAUGGACGUUUUACUCCAGCUUAUGUAGACGAUGGUCUUGUUGAAGUUGUUGGAUUUCGAGAUGCAUGGCAUGGGCUUGUUUUGCUUGCGCCGAAGGGACAUGGGACUCGUCUUGCCCAGGCCCACCGUAUUCGCUUUGAGUUUCACAAGGGUGCAAUUGAUCAUACGUACAUGAGGAUCGACGGGGAACCCUGGAAGCAACCCCUCCCAGUUGAUGAUGAAACUAUCAUGGUUGAAAUAUCUCACCUUCACCAGGUGAACAUUCUUGCUCGACAUGGCUGCAGGUCUAAAAGCGUUCACAAUCCUGAGUCACACAGCAGCGAGGGAAAUGAGGAAGAGGAUUGGGAUGAUGAAGAAACUCGUGAAUCGGCAGAGUAUAAGAAGUUUGGUGCAGCAGACACAUUUAAGCUCCCGGAAGAGAUUGAUGUUUCGCAUCUCAGUUAACUUCUUAUUAAGUACUGGUUUGGUACUGAGGUGAUUUUAUAAAAAGUGGGUAUAAAAAAAAGCUGAGCUCAAAAAGGUGUUUGGUAAACACUUAAAAACAGCUUAUUUUCACACUUUUGGGUGAAAAAAAGCUGAAAACGUGAAGCAGCAAAAACGAGCUUAUUCUCACAUCAUAGCAGAAACAACUUUUUUUUAAAGCACAUCAAUACCAAACCAGCCCGAAGUAAUUUGUUUCUCAGUCCUGUCCAAUUCCCCUUAUGAUUGAGUGAGAUUUCUUUUGGAAUUUCGUAAUCAUCCUAGUAACAUUUCUAGCAGGAAUCCAUGGAAGAUCUUUCUAUCAGUAUUGUUUUGUGCUUUCUAGGGUUCUUACUUAGCAACCCCAUUGUUAUCUAGCUGUAAAUGAUUGAUUUAUGUGAAUGAAUGCAAAUAAUUAUUCUCAAACCCAA